ACGAUCAACGAAGAUAUAUCGCAUUUGUCUGAGCUCUGUCAAACGCGUAAGGAAUAUACAGGACGGCUCGCGCAAAGUCUGCGGGGUACUACAAACAAUGCCAAAUACGGUGGCAUGCGCUCGCCACAAUCUCAAGUUCCAACAAGAUGAUGUGUGGAGGAUAGUCCCCUGGGGCUCAGGAGAGUUUGCUUCAAAGUACAGCACCAAUUUGUGUAGCGUUUUGACGAUAGUGUGUGCUCAAGCUAUUCCCAUGCGUUAAAUUCGCGUUGAGGAGACUCUGCCCAUGAUCAUCACAGAGAGAGAGGCGCAAGCCGAUUUGUGUCUAUAGUCAGUCGCAUCAUGGGACCCACCAGAGAUACUUACGUGGCUUACCGUGGCUUGCCUUAGGUAUGUUCCUGAGCUACAGAUCUCCGGAACGACUGGAUUCAGAUGCGAUCUUUUCAUGAGCUUGAAGUUGGAGCGCGCGUGGACGCAAAUCCAGAUCAUAUCGUGAUACUUG